AAACAAACAAGAAGUUGAAGAACAUGGCCAACUCCAUGCCCAAUUCCUUCCUCCUUGUUCAUGCCUAUGUCUAUCACUUUUAAAUCUCCACCAGAAAAAAACUCAGAAACCCAAAUUUCAAUUCUCUUUCUCUUUCAGCAACCUCCAUUUUUUUUCCAUGUCUUCUUCUCCAGUUCUAUCUCUCCCUUUCACACUCAAGCCUUCUCACUGCCCCAAUCAAACUCCCAAACUUCCCAAUUCCUCUCUUUCCCUUCUCCGUUCAUCAUCUUCCUUCGCGCCAUUUUCAACUCUAACACCUCUCAAGGUCUUUAACAGUCCAAUCAAGAGUAGUAGCAGUUCUACUUUCGCCUAUGUCACCGGCCCUGCGUCGGACCCUAAUGUCAGCGAGUCCGACCCUAAGGUUGAUGACGCCUCCGAUUCCCAGGUUCGGGUUGUUGGGGCCUUGAAUUUGGGGUUGUUCUUGAAGCUUUUGACCAAGCAUAAGCUAAGGCUUCUGGGUUCUUUGCUUACUCUUCUUUGCUGCACUACUUGUACUCUUUCAAUGCCAUUUUUCUCUGGUAGAUUUUUUGAGGUACUUAUAGGUGCAAAACCUGGGUCCCUGUGGAGGCUUCUUAGUACAGUUGGAAUUUUAUAUGCAUUGGAGCCAAUAUUGACGGUUUUAUUCGUCACAAACAUGAAUUUCAUGUGGGAGAAAGUUAUGUCAAGAUUAAGAGCCCAAAUUUUUGGACGGUUGCUGAUUCAGAAGGUGGAAUUCUUUGACAGAUACAAGGUUGGUGAAAUUACCGGAUUGUUAACUUCUGAUUUGGGAUCUCUCAAGGAUGUGGUGAGUGAGAAUGUUUCAAGGGAUCGUGGAUUCAGAGCGUUCUCUGAGGUGAUUGGAACAAUAUGUAUAUUAUUUGCAUUGUCCCCCCAGCUUGCACCUAUUCUUGGCCUGCUGAUGCUAACGGUAUCUGUUUCAGUGGCUCUAUACAAGCGAUCAACUAUUCCAGUAUUUAAAGCUCAUGGGUCAGCCCAAGCAUCUAUGGCUGAUUGUGCAACUGAGACAUUCUCUGCAAUUCGUACUGUGAGAUCGUUCGGUGGUGAAAAGCGUCAAAUGUUCAAUUUUGGUCGCCAGGUUAUGGCAUAUGAGAGCAGUGGCAUAUCACUUGGGACUUUUAAAUCUCUGAAUGAAUCUUUAACUAGAGUUGCUGUCUAUAUUUCGCUUAUGACAUUGUAUUGGCUUGGAGGAGACAAAGUGAAAGCGGGUGAACUUUCUGUUGGAACCAUGGCUUCUUUUAUUGGAUAUACUUUCACGUUAACAUUUGCUGUUCAAGGAUUAGUAAAUUCAUUUGGAGAUCUCCGUCGAACUUUUGCCGCUGUUGAAAGAAUCAAUUCUGUUUUAAAUGAAGAGGUUGAUGAAGCCCUUGCAUAUGGAUUAGAAAAAGAGAUGCAACAAAAAGAAUUUAGAUAUAAGUUGUUAUUCUCCAGCAUUGAUGAUGAAAAUAGUCAAGUGAAAACACAGUACAUGGCAGCCCUAAAAUCUUCUAGCGACAUUAUCAAUCUUGCUUGGUCUGGUGAUAUUUGUCUUGAAGAUGUGUGCUUUUCUUAUCCUUUGAGACCUGACGUUAACGUUCUUAGCGGUUUGAAUUUAACCCUUAAAUGUGGAACCAUAACGGCACUAGUGGGCGCUAGUGGAGCAGGAAAGAGUACAAUAGUGCAGCUGUUGGCACGUUUUUAUGAGCCAAAGCAAGGGCAGAUAAAAGUAUCUGGUGAGGAUAUUCGAGCAUUUGAUAAGAGAGAAUGGGCUCGGGCUGUCUCAAUAGUGAAUCAAGAACCCGUUCUUUUUUCGGUAUCUGUUGGAGAGAAUAUUGCAUAUGGACUUCCAGAUGAUAAUGUAACAAAGGAUGAAGUUAUAAAGGCAGCCAAAGCUGCAAACGCUCAUGACUUCAUUAUUUCACUUCCUCAGGGCUAUGACACGCCAGUGGGUGAACGUGGAGGCCUUCUUAGUGGUGGCCAGCGACAGAGAAUUGCAAUUGCGAGAGCUUUGCUUAAGAAUUCUCCAAUUCUUAUACUUGAUGAGGCCACCAGUGCACUAGAUGCAGUUAGUGAGCGACUGGUCCAGGACGCUCUAAACCAUCUAAUGAAGGGAAGAACAACAUUGGUGAUCGCACAUCGAUUGAGUACGGUUCAAAAUGCUCAUCAAAUUGCAUUCUGUGCUGAUGGCAAAAUUGUAGAGCUGGGAACUCAUUUGGAACUACUGGCUCAGAAAGGUCGAUAUGCUUCAUUAGUUAGCACACAGAGGCUGGCAUUUGAGUGAACUUCCUUUGCCAUUUUACUGCAUCCCCUAAGUCGAGGCUAGCAAAUAAGUUCAAAAUAACCGUAAAAAAAGAAAUACCCCAGUACAAAUCGAUGUAAACUAUUGUAUGUAGUUACUAAAAUAACAUCGAGAAGUUUGAGCAAAGGCAUGCAUUUUUUUCCAUCUUUUCCCAGGAACCUUUAAUGUCAUUGAAUAUCCAAAGGAGUAUAAGUACAGAAUGUUCCUCAAAUGAAUUUUGGUUGAGAAUUAUAGUUCUAUGUAAUAACUGAAGCCUGGAAACCUUUAACAA